CUUCUUUGUUUGUUAGCAUAUUCUUGAAAAUGAUGACCAAAGCGAAGCGGCUGGUGAACCCUAAUUAGUUGUCGGUGUUUGUUGGCAGAGCUCGUCUCUGUUUUCUUCGUCAUCUCCCAUCCUCGGCCAGAGAUGCGCCGAACACACUAAAGCUUUCGACUUUCCGACACCCUCUCAGGUGUUUGAUUAAGUGUUGCUAUGUUAUAAUGUUAACAUUGUAGGUUUUUCCUGUUCAUUACAUAGUGCAACUUGAAUUGGAUGCACAUGUUAGCGAAAGCACAUAGUAAGGGGGAUGGAACCAAGUCCCUGGCUAAGAUACUGGCGAAAUGGAAAGAAUAUAAUGCCCAGCUUGAUUCCUGUGAUGAUGCGGAUAAACCAGUUCGCAAAGUUCCUGCCAAGGGAUCAAAAAAAGGGUGUAUGAAAGGUAAAGGUGGGCCUGAGAACUCGCGGUGUAAUUACAGAGGUGUUAGGCAGAGGACUUGGGGAAAGUGGGUUGCUGAAAUCAGAGAGCCGAACAGAGGGAAUAGGCUCUGGCUAGGUACUUUUCCCACUGCCAUUGGAGCUGCCCUUGCAUAUGAUGAAGCAGCGAGGGCAAUGUAUGGAUCCUGUGCCCGUCUUAACUUUCCCAAUGUUUCUGUUUCCAGUUUCUCUGAGGAAUCCUCCAAAGAUUCUCCAUUGGCGAAUCAUUCUGGUUCCUCAAAGGCAGUGUCUGCAAAUGAAUCCAUGGUUUCACUUAGUAACUCUAAGGGAGGAGGAGCAGAAGAGGAUGUCGAUAUGGAGCCCAUUUCCUUAUCCUUAAGUGUAAAACACGAGAACGGUGAAGGUGAAUCAGGGAUAAGUUCAUCUCCUCCUUCUUCUUCAUAGUGUACAUUUGAACAUGGCUAAAAUUCUUAGCUCAUGUACUUGUUAAUGGUAGCUUAGGUUUAAUGAAUCCUGAUAUGUGGUCCCUGGAGAUUAACUGCUGUAAAACUAAAAUGAACUUGGUUGCAAAAUGGUCAUUCUUCUGAUUUUGGCCCAAUGUGCUCAAGGUAUCCCCAUUCUGUUUUUAACUCAUCAUAUGUGAAUUAUACUUACCUUUGUUUUGUCUU